AUGCUAUACCACAUUGUAUUGGCGUACACUAUCGUCACCUUCCUUCGCUUGCAAUCCCUGGUUGUCGCUACUGAGAAUUCACAGGCUCUACUGAGCCCAGAUUCAACUCCUCCGCACCGAAUAGCCAUCAUCGGCGCAGGCCCCGGUGGCUCCUCUGCAUCCUACCACCUUCACAAAUUCGCCCAGCAGCUCUACCCGCCUCUUGAGAAUGCCCCGAUACAUAUCACCGUUUUCGACUCCAACCCCUACAUUGGUGGCCGGGCUACCACGGUCAAUGCCCUAAACGACUCCCGGUACCCGGUUGAACUCGGAGCAAGCAUAUUCGUCAAGAUAAACCAUAUUUUAUACAAUGCGACGCGAGAUUUUGGGUUAGCUUCUGUUGUCAAGAUAUAUGAAUCUGCACCUGAUUCAAAGUACGAAUUGGGCAUUUGGGAUGGGAAAGACUUCGUUUUCAAAGCAGAGAGAGAUGACGAUGAGGACAGGGGAUCAUGGAGAGGAUGGUGGGACAUUGCCAAACUUCUCUGGAAAUACGGACUCGCACCCAUACGGACGCGGCAGGCGACGAAGAAAGCCGUCGGUGAAUUCUUGAAGUUUUACGACGAACCAAUAUUUCCCUUCCGUUCGAUAGCAGAGGCUGUGGGAGCUACAGGACUGGACGCAUAUACCGGCUUAACAGGGAAGGAGGUUUUGCAGAACGCCAAGGUGGGCGAUCUGUUUUCUCGCGAAAUCAUUCAAGCAAGCACCCGGGUGAACUACGCGAGCAACCUGGGCGGCAUCCACGGAUUGGAAACAUUGGUAUGUAUGGCCAUUGAGGGAGCAAUGGCCGUCGAGGACGGCAAUUGGCAAAUCUUUAAUGAGAUGGUGAGGACUACUGCAGAUGAGAUCUUCUUGAAUACAACAAUUACCGCUGUCAUCAAGGAUGAAAAGAAAGGGACAUUCCGGCUCCAGACUGAAAAUGAUGAAAUCAUUGGACGGCCCCCGAAGGAGUACAACGACGAGUACGACACGGUCAUCCUCGCAGCUCCAUAUCAAUUUUCCAAUAUCGCCUUUACACCACCACCUCUGAACACGCCGGAGAAGAUUCCCUACGUUUCGCUAUACGUGACCCUGUUCACCUCUCCCCAUCGUCUUUCCCCGUCGUUCUUUGGACUCGAGUCUAAUGCAGACGUCCCUUCAUCCGUCCUCACAACACUCUCUCCGGAAUUGUCAGACGAACUUGGUUCGCAUCGCGGCGUCGAUGCCGUUGGCCCGGCCGGAUUCUGGUCCAUAAGCACGCUCCGGGUUCUGCAUCCAGAGACAGAUGGGAGUUUUUGCGGACCGACUUCAAACUGCACGCAACUGCCUGUCGAAUCCGGAGAGAUCGGAGCCAAACGCGACACACAGUAUCUGUACAAAAUAUUCUCACCGGCACCCUUGACGGGGACGUUCCUUUCGUCGUUGCUCGGCUUCCCAUACACUCCGGAGCCUGAAAACAAACACGACGAUUCUCUCGCCAAGCUCCCCAAGUCUGAGAUCACUUGGCUCCACGAGAAACACUGGCACAGCUACCCUUACGAGACGCCCCGGACGACGUUUGAUAACUUCACCCUGUGCUCCACUGAGUCGUGCUCCUCGCGCGGCACCUCGGACGGAGUCUACUACCUCUCCGGCAUGGAAUCCUUCAUCUCGACCAUGGAGACUUCUGCUCUUGCAGGGAUGAACGUCGCCCGCCUCGUGGUCCAGAAUCUGCUUGAAGAACAUGGUCAGAGUUGA